AAGCAGAAGGGCUAGGGAAAGUCUUAGGAAGAAAUAAGAGGUAAAGAUUUUCUUGUUUAAGCCUUUUAGGGUUUUUUUUUUUUUUGGUGGUUGAAAAAUCUGUGUAUAUGAGAGGGAGGAAAAAGGAGUCGAAUGGAGCCGAGCGAGAAGCUGUGGUGUGAGAGGUGCUUUAUUUGCAAGGGCUGGCUUUUUUCAACCAAAUUAUAUCGCCUGUCAAGAAUGUUCACGUGACUCUUGGAAACCUGGUGCAGAGUCUUCCCUAUUUGCUAUUUUGUCCUGUUUUCUUCUCCCUGUAGCAGUUUCUUUUUUGAACAGCAAACGGAGGGAACUGCUCGCACUGCUGCCACUGCUGCUGCUCCAGCUGCGUGUGUGUGUGUGUAAACAGGAUGGUGUAUCUGUAGCUGCCACGCGCAAACACACAUUUGACCAUGAGGACUCUUCGCAGGUUGAAGUUCAUGAGUUCGCCCAGCCUCAGUGAUCUGGGCAAGAGAGAGCAGGCAGCCUUGGAUGAGCGGGGGACCCAGCAGCGACGGGCCUGCUCCAACGCUACCUGGAACAGUAUCCACAAUGGAGUAAUAUCGGUGUUCCAGCGUAAGGGUCUCCCGGACCAUGAACUUUACAACCUCAAUGAAGGAGUCAGGCAAUUAUUGAAAACAGAACUGGGAUCCUUCUUUACUGAAUAUCUACAGAAUCAGCUGCUCACAAAAGGCAUGGUGAUCCUAAGGGACAAGAUCCGGUUUUAUGAAGGGCAGAAACUACUGGAUACCUUAGCUGAAACCUGGGACUUUUUUUUCAGUGAUGUCCUGCCCAUGCUUCAGGCUAUUUUCUAUCCUGUGCAGGGGAAGGAGCCCUCAGUUCGACAGCUGGCUCUUCUGCACUUUAGGAAUAUAAUUACCCUCAAUAUUAAGUUGGAAGAUGCAUUAUCACGUUCUCGGGCCAGAGUUCCACCUUCUAUUAUUCAGAUGCUGUUAAUACUCCAGGGGGUUCACGAGUCAAAAGGUGUGACUGAAGAUUAUUUGAAACUGGAAUCCCUAAUCCAGAAAGUCGUUUCUCCUUACUUGGGCACAUACGGUCUGUAUUCCAGUGAUGGACCCUUCACGCACUCUUCCUGUAUCUUGGAAAAGCGGUUCUUCAGGCGUUCAAAAUCAGGUGACAUCCUUGCCAAGAACCCCGUGGUGCGAUCGAAAAGCUACAAUAAUCCGCUGCUGACACCAGUGGCCGAGUAUGAAACCGAGGGCAUGGCUGCCAAUGGAACAGGCAUCCGAAGGCACUCUGUUUCGGAAAUGACCUCCUGCCUGGAGCUCCAGGGGUACUCCAACCUCACCACCAUCAUGGACAACGGUUCCAAGAGCUCCAUGACAGCCACGAAAAGCUCGCUGUCAGGAGACCAGGAGAGGCCCAGCACCGGGCCAGUGCAAUGCUCUAGCAAACUCAGCACAGCUGAGCAACAGAAAGGACACUUCCACUCAAUGGACGACCCACAUAGGUCUUUUGAGCUGGACAGGGACCCUUCCUUGAUUCCAGUUCCCUCUUCCAGCCCUGAGAACAUAGUGGAUCAGAUUUUGGAGUCAAUUGACUCUGAUUCUGAAGGCAUUUUUAUUGAUUUUGGCCGAGGCUGCUCCAAUUCAUCAGCGUACAAUGUGGACGUGAACAGACAGAGCAUCAUGUGAAGGACAUUAGGAGACAAACCUCGGAGUUUAAUAUAAUAUAUGAAAGUUACUAGCGCACUGAGUUGGACUAUGGGCAAGCUAUGUAUGUCUAGGGCAGAACCUCUGUUGUAGGUCAUCACAUCUGUACUGAAGUACGCAGACACAAGUUGACAGCUGGCAGGAAUCUGCUGCAAGAGGGAAGAAACUUCAGUGCCAUUUCUCCCUGUCUCCAUCACUUUGCAGUUGGAUUUCCUGUUGUCUUUAUAAACGUAGGGGUUCAGAAGCUGACAAGUGUCUGGUGAAAAGCUAUUAGUACAGCUGGCAGUGUUUGUUCAGUAAAACAGCCUAGCAAAUAGCUGUGUUCACUUUUAAUUUUCUCAGGAGAUUUCCUGUAGACGGCAGGUUGUUCUCUGAACUGUAACACCUCAGCCAAAGUAAAAAAAAUAUCCUUUUAAAAAAACAAAAAAGCCCAGAGGCUGUGGGCCUUCAUGCCACAGAAUCCAGUGAUAAAGAAGCCUAUUUUAAUCUAGUACAUCUUGUAUGCACUCCUUUGCCUAAUGGUGAGUUUUCUUGAAUUAAGGCAAAUAAACAGAAAUGUGCUACCUGAUGUCACGCGAUGCCUCAUGUCUCAUGUUCUGUUUCACAGCCAAUACCUUGUGUCUGUGGGAGAGUUGUCUUGAAACUGGCUUUUAAGACCAUGUUAAUUUGCUCUGAAUGUGGCACUUCGAAGAAAUCUGUGCACUGUUAACUCCUGGAACAUCCAUUGUAUGGAGCAAUUCCAGCAGAAUUCAACUUGUUUCCUAAAUAAAUAAAAAUAUGGCCUCUUGGUGGAAA